UAUUGACCUCACAGGAGAUGCAACUACUAGUAAUGCUGGUGUCAAUAGUGCAGACUCAAGGCAACAAGAAGAUGACAGCAGCUUCUCACUGAUAACGUGGAACAUUGAUGGGUUGGAUCUAGGAAAUCUAAAAGAACGAGCUAGAGGAAUCUGUUCUUAUCUGGCAUUAUACAGUCCAGAUGUUGUUUUUUUACAAGAGGUCAUCCCACCACAUCUCUGUCUUCUACAGAUGAGAGCAGGCAGUUACACUAUUAUUCCAGGUAACGUGGAUGGCUAUUUCACUGCCAUAAUGUUGAAGAAAUCAAGAGUGAAGCUACUGAAGCAUGAGACAAUACCUUUUCCAACAACCUCCAUGAUGAGGAACCUUUUGGUUGUGCAUGUGAGCGUAUCUGGUAAUGAACUUUGUCUUAUGACCUCUCAUCUGGAGAGCACUAAAAGUCACUCUAAGGAGCGUUUGAAGCAGCUGCAAAUAGUGUUAAACAAAAUGCAGGAGGAGUCUGAGUCCACCACUGUUAUAUUUGGAGGGGAUACAAACCUCAGAGACAGCGAGGUUACUAAACUAGGCAACUUACCUAACAACAUAAUGGAUAUCUGGGAGUUUUUGGGUAAACCUCAGCACUGCCGCUAUACUUGGGACACCCACUCCAACACCAACCUGGAUGCAAGGUACAAGUGCAAGAUGAGAUUUGACCGCGUUUACUUUCGGCCUGCAGCAGAAGGACAUAUUAUUCCACGAAGUAUGGACUUAAUUGGAUUGGAAAAACUAGACUGUGGCAGGUUCCCUAGUGAUCACUGGGGUCUUCUGUGUAAUUUUGAUGUGAUAUUAUAAAAAAGAAAACAGGCUUCCAUUGUUAGUUUUUAGGUGAUUUAUUCUUGCUUUUACAAAAUUUUACCCUCUCAGUUUAAGUAGGGUGUACUUAAAUUUUCAACCCUAACACAUUCUCUGCUCCUGACUUCUGCUGGAAUGGCUUCAUUUCAAGACAGGGUUCCCUUUUCCUCAUUGUACACAUCUGUUCUUGAGUCAUGUUUUAAAAUAUUUAUAUUUAACAAUAUAUACAAAUACAAAACCAAAUUCUAGUUUUAAAAUGGGAGGAAAAACCUGUAAAUAUGAUUCAUAAACAUAGUUGAUAGUUUUAAAGAUACUUUUAUUUUGGCUUGUAUUAUAAUCUCAUAAUAAAUGCUGCUUUUUU